AUGGAGCAAAAUAAGGACCCGCAGAUGAUUUCAAAACAUAGCUCUAGGCUACCUAUAUGGGUACUAAGUCCCCGUGAAGAACAACAGGCUCGUAAGAACUUGAAGACGGCAACUUAUGAGAAAUGUGCAAAUUUCGUACAAGCGAUGGCAGACUGUGCUAAGGCAAAUGGAAUGAAGGUUUUUCCAACUUGCGAUAAGCAACGGGAUGAAAUGAAAUCGUGUCUCCUGUUUUAUCAAACAGAUGCGAAAUAUUUAGAUGAUGAAAGGGACAAAAUUAUUUUAGAAAAGAUCAACAAGCUCGAAGAGUUAUGUCAAAAGCAAAACUCGACAAAAUAA